CCUCGACAGUGCACACGAUGGCCUCCGUCUCCGCUUCCCUCGUCGCCCCCGCGCAGCGCAUCGCCGCCCGCCGCCAGGCAAGGCCCACCGCCGCGCGCGGCGCCAGGACCCCUCUCCGCGUCGCCGCCGCGGCCUCCAUCGCCGAGAUCAAGGGCACCGGCGACCUCCCCGCGGUGAAGCUCACCUCCGCGGACGGCUGCACCGCGACCGCGUACCUCUUCGGCGGCGUCGUCACCUCCUUCACCAAGCCCGACGGCCGCGAGGUCCUCUACGUCAGGCCCGACGCCGUGUUCGACAAGUCCAAGCCCAUCUCCGGCGGCCUCCCGCACUGCUGGCCGCAGUUCGGCCCCGGCGACAUCCAGGUGCACGGCUUCGCCAGGAACGUCGACUGGGAGCUCACCAAGAAGACCGAGGGCUCCAACCCGUCCAUCGAGAUGACCCUCCUCCCCUCCGACUACUCCAAGAAGAUGUGGGACAAGGAUUUCAAGGUGACCCAGACCAUCACCCUCGGCGACGGCAAGCUCAAGGCCACCCUCAAGGUGUGGAACACCGGCGAGGAAGCCUUCACCUUCACCGGCUCCUUCCACACCUACUUCGCCGCCGACAUCGACGAGGUCGCCGUGACCGGCCUCAAGGGCUGCAAGUCCCUCGACAGGCUCAAGGACGAGGCUGGCACCGUCGCGGGCGCGCUCACCAUGUCCGGUCCCGUCGACUCGUGCUACUACGACGUUCCGUCCGUCGUCAACCUCGCCGUCGGCGGGGGCAACUCCGUCGCCAUCGAGUCGCAGGGCGGCUGGACCGACGCCGUCGUGUGGACCCCGUGGACGGACAUGGAGGCGUGCUACAAGGAGUUCGUGUGCGUGGAGAACGCGGCGUGCAAGGAGCCCGUCUCCGUCGCCGCCGGCGGCGAGUGGGAGGCCUCCACCAUCCUCGCCUAAGCGCAACGAGCAAGAGCCGGGUCGGACGUUUGGUUGGCAAAUUAAUUAAUACAAAUUCACCGACAGCGUC